AUGCCACCGUCGUCACUCCCACUAAUCACUUUCUUCCCAUCCGGAGACAACGCUAUACUGUACACUGCACCGUCUCCGUCCCGCCAGUCUUCUCCUAUCUGUUUCCCGCUGUCCAAGUUCCAUACCCACAGCGAGCCAUCAUUUGAACAAUGGUGGGCGAAGACAUUCCAGAAUUUCAACUACCGAGUGCAGCGCCGUCUCAGCUUCCACCCAUCAAAUUCAAAUUUCAUCACUUACCGAGGACAACAGCGACGGGCGGUCGUACAUACAGCAGUCAACUUGCUCGAUGCUGAUCUGAUUUUUAGCCUGCGCUCACCAUCCCUGGAGGAUGGCGAAAAGCCAGUACGGGGCUUGUCACCAGUCAAAAAAAAACCAUUGAUCCGGAGGAUUGCUUUGUCCGAGUAUGGCUUCAACGUCAAUCAAAACUCUCCCUUGCCUGUGGACCCGGAGGUCCCUCAAACACCUGUCCCACCUUACCGUCAAACUCCGCCCCCUGUGACAGUCUCGCAGAAUUAUUUGCAUAGACUCGUUGCUGAUCGUUGGGAUGCCGAAGUCAAAAGGUGUGAGGAGGCGAGAAAGGCACAGCUUUUGGAAGUACAACUGGCGGCACACAGCAUACGGAAACUAGUCUAG